AUGGCGCCCAAGUCUGCUCCUGUCGGCGACACUGCGUACACCAUUAAUGGUGUGACCAUGACUGCCUCCGACAUGAAGUUGAUCUUCGGCAUUCUCAACAGCUUGACCGCGCCCAUCGAGGCAGACAUGGACGCAGCCGCCGCCUUCGCCGGCUACACCGUCGGUUCAUUCAAGAAGAUGUGGCCGACCUUGAAGAAGAAGUGUAACAUCGACAGUGUCAGUGGCACCAAGCAGACUUCUUCUUCUUCUGCUACGCCCGCUGCCACCACCGCCGAGGACGACAGCGGCGAGGUCGUGGCAACCCCGAAGAAGACUCCCGGCGGUCGCGGUGCUCGUGGCCGUCCCCCCGCCAACAAGAAAGUCCCCCUGACCGAGGAGGCCGGCGGCGGUCCGAGUCCCUUGACUCCUGGCGGCGUCCCCGCAGGCAUGAAGGCCCUUUCUGUCGCUGACGCUGACGCUGGAUCUGAAGAGACUCCCGAGACUCCCAGCAAGUCCAUCUUCGGUGGUGGCGGCAUGAACACCAGCACUUCGGCCAAGAAGCGUACUGCUGCUGACGCGGCUGAUGCUGAUCCGGAUGCGGAUUUGAUGGACCAAACCCCGGCUAAAAAGAAGCCGGCGCGCAAGCCGCGUGUUACUGCUAAGCAGAAGAGAGAGGCUGCUGCUGCUGCUGCUGCUGCGGCGGCGGAGGCGGCGGCUGCGGAGACUGCUGCGGAGACUGCUGCAGCGACUUCUGACGCCGCUGCUGCGGGUUCUGAUGGCGACAAGAACAUUGAUGUUGCUAUGAAGGAUGAUCAUGGUGGCUCCGACUCUGGCGAGGUCUGA